AUGAGUAAAGGAGGUGAUGCUUCACUUGCGGACAAGAAUGGUGACAACAUGCUACAUUGUGUGUGUCGUGGAGGAGACGUAGAGAUGGUGAAGUAUGUCAUUUCACAAAACUUUGUCGAUAUCAACAGCAGAGGACAUUACGGAUGGACACCAAUGAUGGCUGCAGCAGCUAAUGGACAUAGAAAGGUGUUUGACUUAGUAAUGAGUAAAGGAGGUGAUGCUUCACUUGUGGACGAGAGUGGUGACAACAUCUUACAUUGGGUGUGUCGUAUAGGAGACGUAGAGAUGGUGAAGUAUGUCAUCUCACUGAACUUUGUCGAUAUCAACAGCAGAGGACAUACCGGACGGACACCAAUGAUGGUUGCAGCAGCUAAUGGACAUAGAAAGGUGUUUGACUUAGCAAUGAGUAAAGGAGGUGAUGCUUCACUUGUGGACAAGAAUGGUGACAACAUCCUACAUUGUUUGUGUCGUGGAGGAGACGUAGAGAUGGUGAAAUAUGUCAUCUCACUGAACUUUGUCGAUAUCAACAGCAGAGGACAUGUCGGACGGACACCAAUGAUGGUUGCAGCAGCUAAUGGACAUAGAAAGGUGUUUGACUUAGUAAUGAGUAAAGGAGGUGAUGACAAGAAUGGUUCUACAUUGUGGACUUGA